AUGCCUUCGGCCACUACCAGUUUCGCCCAUGGUGAGGACAUCGAACCCAACACUCAACAUAUGGAGAACGGUACCACUACUGCUGAUAAUUCAAACGGGGGCCGGAUACCCAAGAAACUCGUCCUCUGUUUCGAUGGCACUGGAAAUUCCUUCACUGGAUCGAACGCGGAUACCAAUGUGGUCAAGAUUUUAAGCGCUUUGGAUCGUAACGAUCCUCACCAGUUCCAUUAUUAUCAAACUGGUAUUGGUACGUACGAUGUAAACGAUACCUCGGUCAACAAGUCAUGGUUUGGCGAGUUACGGAGUUCCAUCUCGCAGACCAUCGACCAAGGUAUCGGGACAACGUUUGACGCGCACGUUAUGGCCGGGUAUCGAUUUCUGAUGCGGUACUAUGAUCCUGGCGACAAGAUCUACAUGUUUGGGUUUAGUCGUGGUGCUUUCACGGCUAAGUUCCUAGCACGUAUGAUCAACACCGUGGGACUACUCUGCAAAGGUAAUGAGGAGAUGGUGCUCUUCGCCUAUAGACUUUAUCAGCGCUAUCUAGCAGGCGAAACAGAUAAUUUUCAGAAGGGAACCAUGACGGCUAACACAACCGGAGGUGAGACGGAACCGCUGCUGCAAGACAGAGUGCUCGGGGACGACGCGGACAAUACGGACGAUAGCCAUCACAAACACCAUAAACACAAGCAUCGGAUGGCACGUGACGAGAUCACUGCUUUUAGUAGCACAUUCUGUCGGAAAGAACCGACAAUGCACUGCGGAAAGCUUGAGGAAACUAAUAUCAAAGUUUACUUCCUUGGUAUCUGGGAUUGCGUGAACUCGGUGGCGAUCCUAGAGCGCAAGACGCCGGUACCUGUGCCGGUAAGGGGCACUGCGCAUUAUGUUCGGCACGCCGUCGCCGUUGACGAACGCCGUGUUAAAUUUAAGGCCGCACUUCUCGCCCAGGACAUCCGCAUCUCGACACACGACCAUGAGGAUAUUAGAGAGGUCUGGUUUCCAGGUUGCCAUGGCGAUGUCGGCGGCGGUUGGCCCGCUACCACCGGCCAUCCGCUGGACAACAACGAGCAUAUGACCAUUUGGGAACGCAUCAAGAACUUCUGGACGACCCGAAAGGCUAAGGAGCCUAGCAAGGAUGUCUCCAAGGACCAAUUCCAGAUGAGCGAUAUCCCGUUGGCGUGGAUGAUACGAGAGCUUGAGCUGGUAGGUGAGAAAGAUCCUUCUGCAGCAGUCAAAUGGAGUGAGGGUGUCAACGGCUUCAAGAAACGGUUCAGCAAACAGAAGAACAAGGAUCAGGCCCUAAAAGGGUUCAUGCAUGAUUCGCUGCGAUUCGGCUAUGGCACGGGCUUCAUCGGCGUGUUGCUUUGGAAGCUGAUGGAAUGGAUACCGUUAAUCACUCGCUGGGAGCUUGACCACGAUCGGAACGAGUGGCUCAACGUCCGAUUCCCACUCAAUAAGGGUAAUACGCGCGACAUCCCACACGAUGUCGUCUUACACGAAUCGCUGCUUUGGCGCUUGAAGAAUGACCCCACCUAUCGACCGAGGAAUAAUCACGGCGGAUCGUUACCGCCAUGCUUAAAACACGAUAUCCAGGUCGAGCUUAUCGACGACCAACCGCAGAAAUUGACAGACAUUGAUGCCGGAAUCGAUGCCUUCGAAAGCUCCAAAGGUCACGAUCAUGAAUUCCUCCAUCACAAAACAUACAGGCUCGUAAAAUCAGACGGUGCUGAUUGA